AUGAAUUCUGGGAUCCACACUUUUAACUUCCACUUCAGCUUUCCUUCAAGCAUUCCCUCCACAUUCAUCAGUGAAAUUGGCUACAUCACCUACUCCUGUCCAGGUCAUGCUGCAUGGCAUCUGGCUGACAUACUUGUACAAGUCCUUCUUGCUAUUAUUGGCAUCCCUUGCCAAGUUCAGCUCCAACUGCAUCUUGGCCCUCCUGACCUCAUCCCUACACAACCAGACAGUGUCCCUGUACUCUUCCCAAGGCAGGCCUCACCAGUGGUGGAAGCUAGGAAAGAUGUAGUUUACUUCUGCUGCUGCAGUCAUGGAUUUGUGACUCUUCGGAUUUCUCUGGAGAGAGGAGUAUUUUGCCCUGGAAGUAUUGUCUUCACAACAGACAUUGGCAACAGGACAUGCAAACAUGUUAGAAAGGUCAUUGUUGCCAUACACUGCAUUGUCCUGUAUAGUGGCUUCAGCAAUACGGGAUAUCAACACUUCUUGGAAGAACGAAGUGAAGUGACGAGAUUUGAGUUCCCGACAAACACAGAUCCCUUUGAGGACAUGAGAGUUACCAAUGCACUGGUUCUGCCAAAACCCAUGCCUGUCACCAGCACUCUAAAAGAAAAUAAAAUCAUGGAAUUCAAGUACCAGCUUGUAGGCACCGCUAAGCUUCCUUGGACCACAUCCAGCAUCAUGGCCAGGGUGCCAAUCAUCAUAGCAGCCACAUUGGAGCAUCUCUCUGUGAAGCAGAAUACUGUGACUCUGCAGGAAAACGAAGAUGACAAGUCAAAAGGAGGUGAGCUUUGA